AUGGCUUCUUACGGGCUGCUGGGCCAGCCUGAGGAAGAUACGCUCCACAAGUCGCGUCUCCUUAACGUCGAAGAAAAGCCAUUCAAGCGAAUCUCAAAGCGCCUUCUAAACCCAGCAUCCAUUGUUAUCUCGCCAUCCUCCCUCCCUCUCACACCUCCCCCCGAACAAGCCGAUGCCGAGUCAGAUGCGACCGCUAUCGACGCCGAGAAACAAAAAAGGCUCGAAGAAUGGCGCCACUUCCGCGACGAUGUCUCACUCGACUUUGCUGCCUUCGAGAGCAGUAUUGCGCGCAUUCAAUUCCUUCUCACCAGCAACGAGCAAGAACGCCAGCGCUAUGCAUCCGAGCGCGUACAAAUUCUGUCGACAAUGCAGUCCGUCCGGGAGAGCACUUCCGACCUACGCAGUCAGCUCGAAGAGGCGCAGCGACUCCUCGCUUUGCGGAAAACCUAUGAUGAAUUGACGGACAAAAUCACGAGUAACCGCCUACUCAAGCCGCGCGAAGAUCAAUCAGCGAACCUCCAAAAACUACGGCUAGAGAUCGCGGAGCUCGAAAAUGAAAGCAAAGUUUACGCCAGUACCUGGGCUGAGCGACGUGAGCAAUUCGGCCGCAUUGUGGAUGAGGGUAUGCAGCUCCGUCGCUUGAUCCGUGAUGAGAAAGAGGAAGUCGAGCGUCGUGAGGGUAUGCAGAAGGGCGAAGAUGGUGACGAUGCGGAGGUCGCGUCCAAGGGCAAGAACAGCAGCGGGACCACUCCUGGCCCUGAUAGCGAUGUUGCGUCUCCGUCUCAUCAGAGCGAGAAUGAGGGUCGGCCAUCUGCUUUGCAGGUUGAGAAGCCUGAAACUGGUCGCAGCGCGUCGCCUUUGAGGCAAGUCACGGCUGCCCGGGGCGACGAGACAGACUCUGCUCCCAGGGAUAGCGACAUGAUCGAUGAGGGUGAAAUCUCUGCGGUCAGUGAUGGUGAAUUGUCUGAACUCGAGGAAGGAGAGGAACUCCCGGAUGGCUUCAAAAUGGACACUACCUGA